AUGCCCGAGAGACCCUGCGGAGCUGCCCAGCAGCUUCCACCACCGAGCCCUCCACCCCUUGGGGCUCGGGAGCCUCCCUCUGCGCUCCCUCCCCUCCUCUGCCAUCCUGAGGUGGCGCCUGCUGCAGCCCUCCCUGGUUGCUUUAUUUAUUUAUUUUGCACCAACAGGGUUGCUGCAGACUCAUUCUUGCCUGGUUUAAAAAGAGAGAGAGGAAAAAAAAAAAAAAGGAGAAAUGCUUUCUGGCUCUUCUCUCUACCUCGGUCUUGGCAGCAGCCGCUGCAGCAGCAACAGCAGCAGCGGCAGGCAGGGGGGCAGCGGGGAGAGAGGCGCAAGGGGAGGUGCGGGGCAGAGGUGCAGCUCGAGUGGGACGGGCCCCCAGCCCCGCACAGAUGCAGUGCCCAACUUGAUGCCACCCUCCAGCUUCUCUGGAUGGAAGAGGGGAUGGCUGCGGCCACUACUCCAAAGCAAGCCUGGCCUCCCAUCUUUUUCCUGCUCCUCCUGUCUGGGGGGAGUAGCGGCGGCUGCCCUGCUGUGUGUGACUGCACCUCCCAACCCCGGGCAGUGCUCUGUGCCCACCGGCGACUGGAGGCUGUACCAGGGGGACUCCCGCUGGACACCGAGCUCCUGGACCUGAGUGGGAACCGCCUAUGGGGGCUUCAGCGGGGAAUGCUCUCCCGCCUGGGCCUGCUCCGGGAACUGGACCUCAGCUACAACCAGCUGUCCACCCUCGAGCCAGGGGCCUUCCAUGGUCUGCAGAGCCUGCUCACCCUGAGGCUGCAGGGCAACCGUCUGCGAAUCGUGGGCCCCAGGGUCUUCUCAGGCCUGUCUUCCCUCACGCUGCUGGACAUUCGCCUCAACCAGAUUGUCCUCUUCCUCGAUGGAGCUUUUGGGGAGCUAGGCAGCCUCCAGCAGCUGGAGGUUGGGGACAACCACCUGGUGUUUGUGGCUCCGGGAGCCUUUGCUGGACUGGCCAAGCUGAGGACCCUCACCCUGGAGCGCUGCAACCUCAGCACCGUGCCUGGCCCGGCCCUGGCCCGCCUUCCAGCGCUCGGGGUCCUGAGGCUCCGGGAAUUAGAUAUUGGGAGGCUGCCGGGAGGGGCGCUGCAAGGGCUGGGGCAGUUAAAGGAGCUGGAGAUCCAUCACUGGCCGCCUCUGGAGGCUCUGGAGCCUGGGAGCCUGACUGGGCUCAAUCUCAGCAGUCUGGCCAUCACCCGCUGCAAUCUGAGCUCGGUGCCCUUCCAAGCUCUGCACCACCUGAGCUUCCUCAGGGUCCUGGAUCUGUCUCAGAACCCCAUCUCUGCCAUCCCAGCCCGGAGGCUCAGCCCCCUGGUGCGGCUCCAGGAGCUCCGACUGUCAGGGGCAUGCCUCACCUCCAUCGCUGCCCACGCCUUCCAUGGUUUGACUGCCUUCCACCUCCUAGACGUGGCGGAUAACGCCCUUCAGACACUGGAGGAAACAGCCUUCUCUUCUCCAGACAAACUGGUCACCCUGAGGCUGUCUGGUAACCCCCUGACCUGUGACUGCCGCCUUGUCUGGCUGCUCCGGCUCCGCCGCCGCCUGGACUUUGGCACGUCCCCCCCUGCCUGUGCCGGCCCCCAGAACGUCCAGGGGAAGAGCCUGAGGGAGUUUUCAGACAUCCUACCUCCAGGGCACUUCACUUGCCAACCAGCCCUGAUCCGAAAGUCCGGGCCACGCUGGGUCAUUGCAGAGGAGGGCGGGCAUGCCGUUUUCUCCUGCUCUGGAGAUGGAGACCCAGCCCCCAUCGUCUCCUGGAUGAGGCCUCAGGGGGCUUGGCUGGGAAGGGCCGGGAGAGUAAGGGUCCUGGAGGAUGGGACGCUGGAGAUCCGCUCUGUGCAGCUACGGGAUAGAGGGGCCUAUGUCUGUGUGGUCAGCAAUGUAGCUGGGAAUGACUCCCUGAGGACCUGGCUGGAAGUAAUCCAAGUUGAACCACCAAAUAGCACUCUCUCUGACCCCAACACCACCAUGCCAGGGAUCCCAGGGCCUUUCUUCCUGGAUAGCAGAGGCAUAGCUAUGGUGCUGGCAGUCGGCUUCCUCCCCUUCCUCACCUCGGUAACCCUGUGCUUUGGCCUCAUUGCCCUCUGGAGCAAAGGCAAAGGCCGGGUCAAACAUCACAUGACCUUUGACUUUGUGGCACCCCGAGCCUCUGGGGAUAAGAACUCUGGGGGUAACCGGGUCACUGCCAAGCUCUUCUGACCUUUCCUUCCACACUGGGGACCCAUCCAAGCCAGCUUCAGAUACCAAAGGGGAAGAGAACCAAGGCUGCUUGGACCAGAAGUUAGUCCCAAACAGCAUAGAUCUCCCACGCCUCCUGCCUGCACCAUGCCAGCAGCUAAUGCCACCUCCUGCUAGCCGGCCUCCUUGUGCUUUUGCAGUUUGAGGAUAGCAUUGUCAUCUCUUCCCUGAGGGUCCCAGGAAGCUGAAGAUAUAGACCCUGUAGUCAGCCCAGUCCUUCCCCCACCACAUACAAAGCAGGAAAUAUAACCCUCCAGUCUGCUAGUCUAAGCUCCAGGCUUCCUUCACACCCACCUACACAUACCUUAAUAACCAAUACCAAUCGCCAACCACAGCCAUAGAUUACUUCAGAGAUGGGGCUGGGAAGUGCCACUUGCUUCUUGGAGUCUCUGCUCCUCAACCAGGUGGUCUCUCUCUCUCUUUUCUGCUCUGUCCCCUCUCUAGGGGCAAACAACUAGGGCCAAUGACCUCAAGCUAAGGAGAAGAGGAUGUGACAGGGGGUGUGGGAUGGGAAGGAGGACAGACUACACACUGGCACUGAGUGUGCAUGAGCCCCGCCACCUGCCUCUGUCUGUCACAGCAUUAAACCUGUUGCCAAAAGGCCAUGACAGUAGCAGCCACAACUAAAUGUGAUCUCUGGAGAUUUCUUCAGUCUUUUCCACCCCUUAUUUCUGUCAGAUCUCCCCCUUCCUACGC